CCGGGAGCCAGGAUGGAGCUCAGCGGCUUGGGGCUGCUCCUGCUCGUGGUCCUCUCAGGCCUCCUGCUCCUCUUCGCCCGGAGCCGAUCAGCCCCCCGUGGCCGCCUGCCCCCGGGCCCCCGGCCCCUGCCCAUCCUGGGCAACAUGCUGCAGAUGGACCGGCGGGGCCUGCUGAAGUCCUUCCUGGCACUGCGAGACAAGUACGGGCCCGUCUACACCGUGUACCUGGGGUCCCGGCCAGUGGUGGUGCUCUGCGGCCUCGACGCGGUCAAGGAGGCGUUGGUGGAUAAGGCAGAGGAGUUCAGCGGGCGUGGCAAGAUCUCCAUCAUCGACAAAGUCUUCCAGGGAUACGGGGUUGUGUUCGCCAAUGGGGAGCGCUGGAGAACUCUGCGCCGCUUCUCGCUGACGACGCUGCGUGACUUUGGCAUGGGCAAGCGCAGCAUCGAGGAGCGCAUCCAGGAGGAGGCCCAGUGCCUGGUGGGAGAAAUCCACAAAUCCAAGGGGGAGCUCAUCGAUCCCACCUUCUUCUUCAACUCCAUCACGGCCAACAUCAUCUGCUCCAUCGUCUUCGGGAACCGCUUCGACUACCAGGACAAGAUAUUCCUCAGCUUACUGCACAUGUUCAAUGAGACCUUCGCCCUCAUGAGCUCACCCUGGGGGCAGCUGUUUGAGCUGUUCUCUGGCGUGAUGAAGUACCUCCCCGGAGUCCACCAUCGUGUCCACAGCAACCUGGAGUACGUGAACUCCUUCAUCGCCCAGCGCAUCGAGAGCAACAAGAAGUCCUUGGACCCCAACUCCCCUCGGGACUUCAUCGACUGCUUCCUCACCCGCAUGGACAAGGAGAAGGAAAUCAUGGGCACUGAGUUUCACCGGCGCAACCUGGUGCUGACCACCCUGUCCCUCUUCUUCGCGGGCACCGAGACCUCCAGCACCACCUUACGCUACGGCUUCCUGCUGCUGCUCAAGUACCCUCAGGUGUUAGAGAAAGUCCUGAAGGAAAUUGACGAGGUGAUCGGGCAGAACCGCCCCCCAGGGCUGGAGGACCGGGCCCAGAUGCCGUACACGGACGCCGUGAUCCACGAGAUCCAGAGGUUCAGCGACCUGAUCCCGCUGGGCGUACCCCACAUCGUCACACAGGACACCCACUUCCGCGGCUACCUCCUCCCCAAGGGCACAGACGUGUACCCCCUCCUGAGCUCCGUGCUGCACGACCCCCAACACUUUAAGAAACCGGACACCUUCGACCCCGGCCACUUCCUGGAUGCCCAGGGCAACUUCAAGAAGAGCGAGGCAUUUCUGCCCUUCUCCAUAGGGAAGCGGAUCUGCCUGGGCGAGGGCAUUGCCCGCAUGGAGCUGUUCCUCUUCUUCACCACGGUGCUGCAGAACUUCUCCCUGGCCUCGCCCGUGGCCCCCGAGGACAUCGACCUCACCCCCCGGGAGAGUGGCAUCGGCACCGUGCCCCCCCCGUACCAGCUGCGCUUCCUCCCCCGAUAAUGGCUGGGGGGAUGGCGGGGCCUCAGGGCUCUGAGACUCCACUCACUCCCUCCCUGGCCCAUUCCCCCCUGCAUCCUUUUCUCCGACACUGUGUUUCCUUCCAUCCUAGGCCGGAUUCCUCUCUUGACCCUCUCGGUGCCCCUGGGAGGGAGGCGGACUGGCUCUCGGUCAGACCCAGAGGCCUCCCGCCGGCCUCUCUGCCUCGGGUUCAGCUACCCACUGGGCCCCCUUGGGUCAUGGGAGCGGAGGAGAGAAGGUCUCGGGCAUUAACAGUGCGAACAGGGCUAAGAUCUCCAUGUUCUUUGCUAGCCAGGCACCCAGGGAACCCCAAAACUACGCUGCCUCCUCGUAGAGAUCUGGGGAGCAGAGAUGGGCGGCAUCGGGGUAGAGCAGCCCCCAGCGGGAGCAGUAUCUGUGCCUGCUUUUUGUUAUAUUGUACUCUUCCAAGCGCUUAGUACAGUGUUCCGCACACAGUAAACGCUCAAAAAAUAUA